AUUCAAUUCCUAAUUUUUAAUUUCUAAUGAAAAAACCCCUUAAAUCUUGGAACCCUAACGGAGCAUUCUUGCACUUCUAAUCUCCUUCUGUCUUUGUCGUGUUCAAACUUGAAGCUCGACACAACUCUCUCAAGGAGGGAACUUUUAUGGUCGGUUCAUUAACAGAGUAACUUAAUUCAUGGCCGCCACAGACGCCAGUCCCAAAUUCCAGCAACCCAAGGACUUCCGUCCGGUCCCGCAGCCGCCGGAUUUUCACCCGGAAUUGGUCGUGACAACCCCACACGACGGGCUUCACUUCUGGCAAUUUAUGGUUGCUGGGUCCAUAGCCGGCUCCGUCGAGCACAUUGCCAUGUUUCCGGUCGAUACAGUCAAGACCCAUAUGCAGGCUUUGCGCUCCUGUCCCAUCAAAUCCGUCGGUUUCCGUCAAGCAGUCCGGUCCAUCAUUCAAACAGAUGGUCCAUCCGCCCUCUACCGUGGAAUCGCCGCCAUGGGCCUCGGUGCUGGUCCAGCGCACGCCGUUUACUUCUCCAUGUAUGAGAUUUGCAAAGAAUUCUUCUCUCGAGGGAACCCCAACAACCCAGCUGCCCACGCAAUUUCAGGGGUUUGCGCUACAAUUGCCAGCGAUGCGGUUUUCACACCUAUGGAUAUGGUGAAGCAGAGGUUACAGCUGGGUAAUGGCAUGUAUAAGGGGGUUAGGGAUUGCGUGAAGACUGUUUUGAGGGAUGAGGGGAUUGGUGCAUUCUACGCUUCUUAUAGAACCACUGUGUUAAUGAAUGCUCCAUUUACUGCUGUUCAUUUUGCCACUUACGAGGCUGCAAAGAGAGGAUUGAUGGGGAUUUCACCGGAUAGUGCAGAUGACGAGCGAUUGGCUGUUCAUGCCACCGCAGGCGCUGCUGCUGGAGCUUUGGCAGCAGUGGUUACAACUCCGCUCGACGUGGUUAAAACCCAAUUGCAGUGUCAGGGUGUGUGUGGAUGCUCCAGAUUUAAGAGCAGCGCAAUUGGGGAUGUGAUUAAGACAAUAGUGGAAAAGGAUGGCUAUAGAGGACUGAUGAGAGGGUGGAUUCCAAGAAUGCUUUUCCAUGCCCCUGCAGCUGCAAUCUGCUGGUCCACGUAUGAAUCGUCAAAGGCCUUCUUCCAAAAGCUCAAUGAUAGCAGCAACAGUGGCACGGUCAAAUGAAAAAUAUCUAACAAAAGGGAUAAUUUCAUUAUUUUGCAGUUAGGCAUGAGGAAGAAUUCUUUUUUUUUCCUUUUGGCUGCUGCAUAAAAAUGUCUUCUUAUACGUGCCAAUGAAAGUUUUACUCCACACAACCUCGAUGAGCAAGCAAUAAUGUAUUUGGCCUUUCACCUGGCAUUGCUCUCGUAAUUGGAUGUUGGUGGUGAAGUUGAAAGGUCAGAGGUGAAAAUUAUUUAUACUGUACACAAUAGUCAGAAUUGAAAAUCUUCUAGCAAUAAAUGCUCCUAGUUUUUCUCUGUUCAAUCCUAUUUCAUGAUAUUUCAACAAAUUUUUACUUGUAAUGUGUGUUUGUUUGUUCUUUUUGGUUAUUGUUAAUUUGUUAUGUAGGGUUUAAAAUCUCUAGAAAGUUUUGAGUUGAUUCUCCGAUUUUAUUUUGUUGAAUUAUUAUUGUACUCUCUGUAGAAUUUGGGAGGCCUCUCCUCUUUGGACAAAUGAAUUAUGUUGGA